UAUUCUACUGGUCGCAAAUCGCAACGCAAUUAUGGAUAACGCAAUAUUUCAAAAGUCAAUAUCGCAAGUAUUCGGCAAAUAUUUUGCCAAUAGUUUGCGCUACUAGCGUGAUAUACUUUGCGAAUGCUGAGUUUACGAUAGAACUAACAGAACAGAAUCGACUACUGACGUAAUUACCAAAUAAAUCCAUAAAGAGGAGCCAUUGGAUUAUUUUCAAAAAUAAAGUCCAUUUUUCUACUUUUUCCAUCAUGUUUGCAGCAAGGCGUAUUCUCGUCUCCAAUACAAUCAAGGAUAUAUUUGCAAGAUCAAAACACUCGCUUCCAGAACUGCCAUAUGAUUAUAAGGCUCUAGAGCCUAUCAUAUGUGCAGAAAUCAUGCAGCUUCAUCAUACUAAACAUCACGCAACAUAUGUCAAUAAUUUGAAUAUUGCCGAAGAGAAACUGAAGGAGGCAAUUGCAAAAAAUGAUGUCAAUGCACAAAUUGCUCUGGCCCCAGCUAUCAAGUUCAAUGGUGGUGGUCACACAAAUCACUCGAUUUUUUGGUGCAACCUUUCGCCCCAUAGUGGCAAUCCAGAUGCCAUCCUGGUGCAACAAAUCGAACGAGACUUUGGCAGUUUCGAGGAAAUGAAAAAACACUUGUGUGAAGCGACUGUGACUAUCCAAGGUUCUGGCUGGGGUUGGCUUGGAUAUGAUCCAAAAAUGAAGUCGCUCAGAAUAACGACCUGUGCGAAUCAGGACCCACUGCAGGCCACAACUGGCCUUAUUCCUCUCUUUGGCAUCGACGUGUGGGAACAUGCCUAUUACUUGCAGUACAAGAAUGCACGUCCCGAUUAUGUGAAAGCGAUCUUUGACAUUGUCAACUGGAAGGAUGUGAAUGCGCGUUUCAAAACUGCUGCCGGUUGCUAAGAGUCAAUAGAAACUUUUAGUUCACUUGAAUUUGUUAUAAAUAUGGUGUCGUUUAGAAUGAUACCUUUUUUAGAGUUGGUAUAUCAUCACGAAUUUUCGUCACGCCUGUGAUUUUCUGUAUGCUUUUCUUUUUUUCAGACUUGUAUUUAAGAUUGUAUAAUUUAAACAAUAAUAAGUAAAAAAAAUGUAAAGAGAA